AAGCUGACAGAAGAUGAGACCAUGGCAAGAGCUAUACUGUACAUAUUUGGGGGAAGAUACAGGAGGAUCUCUGUCAGAUACAGGAGCUCUGAGACUCAGCACACGCAGGCUUGGGAGGUCUCAUGGGGUCACAGACAUGAUGCGGCCUCACACGGACCUCCCCAGCAUGUCCUGGAUGCUGUUCUCCUGCCUGAUGUUGCUGUCUCAGGUCCAAGGUGAAGACUCGCCAAAGGAAGUGCCCACUCCACGGAUCAGGUGUCCCAAAGGCUCCAAGGCCUAUGCCUCCCACUGCUAUGCCUUGUUUAUGACACCAAAAUCCUGGAUGAAUGCAGAUAUGGCCUGCCAGAAGAGACCCUCGGGACACCUUGUGUCUGUGCUCAGUGGGGCUGAGGCAUCCUUUGUGGCCUCCCUAGUACAGAACAGUGCGAACACUUACUCAAACAUCUGGAUGGGGCUCCAUGAUCCCACAGAGGGCUAUGAGCCCAAUGCAGGUGGAUGGGAGUGGAGUAGCACGGAUGUGCUGAAUUACCUUGCCUGGGAGAGACACCCCUCCACUAACCCAAACCCCGGCUACUGUGGGAGUCUGUCAGCAAGCACAGGAUAUCUGAAAUGGAGAGAUUAUAACUGCGGUGCGAUGCUACCUUAUAUCUGCAAGUUCAAGGACUAGGUCUGGUGGGACAUCAGGAGCCUGAGUUUGCAGGCAGCUCAUCAUGGACACAGAACCAAGUGCGACAACCCACCCUAUAAGGGGACAGCCUCCCAUGCCUUCAAACUUGACCACCUCAUUUGACCUUCCUUUCUCUUCAGCCUCAUUUCAAACUCUUCUGUAUCUUCUAUAACUUGAGUUUCAACAGGCAGAAUAAAAAAUAAGAAAUUUGGUCUGCAA